AUGGGCAUUCUAGUUCUACUGCCGCAGAAUCCGCUGUCAUACCCAGGCCCGGCCAAACGCUUCCGUAGUUCAGCUGAUACAUACACGCGCUAUACUCGGAUUGGGAUUGUUGAACGAACGACCACGCAUUUUACCAAGGCAUUAAGAUCCAUACACCACCAUGCCGCCUCCAUUAUCUCCAAUGCCCCGCAGAUCGAUACCCUUUACUGCGAUACCGACAACGUCCCCCUCGAGCAAUUCCGCCAACGGGCUUUCGUUCCAGAAAAGCCGAUUCGCAUAAUACAGGACAGAGACUCACCGCGAAAAAAAACAGCCCAGUCUCUCCUCCCAGCACAGCAAAAAUGGUUCUCUCAAGCCUCCUCACUCAUCCAACCCGGUAUCCCUAGCCCACCAGGUGCAAACCUAGUCGUCCCAUCGCAAGAAUACCUCUCCCAAUUCGCAGACACAAUUCUACCCUACGAAUUCAUCCUCCCCCAAAACCCCAAUCCCAACUAUCCCCCACAGCCACCGAAAAUUGGCAACGCCCAGGAUGAAGUAAGCCAGGUCAUAGCCUCGCUGCUAGCACACUCGCCAGACGCGACUUUCCACCGCUUCAACGCGCCACUAUCGCUCUUCCUCCACGCCUACAAAACCUCGCUUUGUCCUCGCGACCGCCUCUACAUCGCACAAGCGCAAAUCGCCGAUCUGCCAGCGCAGAUGCGGGAUGAUUUGCCGGUGCCGCGAAUUGUGCGGGAGGCGGGGAGAGGGGAUGUGUAUGAUGCGAAUGUAUGGAUGGGCAUCCCCCCUACAUAUACACCGUUGCAUAAAGACCCGAACCCGAAUCUGUUUGUUCAGUUGGCGGGCUGGAAGCGGGUCAGGCUUUUUACGCCGGGGAUUGGGGUGGGGAUUUUUAGGAGCGUGCAGGGGAAGAUUGGAAGGAGGGCAGAGGGGGUGUUCAGGGGGGAGGAGAUGAUGGAGGGGCCGGAGAGGGAUGUGUUGGAUGAGGAUGUGUGGAGUGCGAAUGCGAGGAUGGAGGGUUUUGAGGUUGAUGUUGGGCCUGGUGAAGCGUUGUUUAUUCCGAAGGGCUGGUGGCAUAGUAUUAAGAGUGUAGGGCCAGCCGUGACAGCAUCGGUAAACUGGUGGUUUCGUUGA